AUGGAUGUGCAAGAUGAAAUUCGAGAAUCUGUGUUCAGUCUUUCCCAGUCCAACAACAUUGCACCACUGCAGUUUGAUCAGGAUAUGAUCACGGGAGCUUUUGUUAGCCUCGCCUACCUUGGCUUAGACGAAAGCUUUGAAACACUUACGAAAGCAUGCAUUUCUUCACUGGCACCGAACUCUUUCAAGGUCGCUGUCAUUCAGGCAUGUUCACAUUUUGCGCGACAACCUGAAGCGGAGAAGUAUUCAGCGCUUCAGACAAGUGUUCUUGUCUUGAUCAAAUCUGAAUUUGAGUCCGAAUGUAUAAAUCUCUUCAAGGCAAGAAGUGAAUUGUCAGAAGAUGGUUACCGUAAGAUUUUGGAGAUUCUUCGAUAUCUCAAUGUCUCCCCAGGCUCUCUACUCCGGGAUUUGUCUGGCCAAACCGCUGGUAUGGCAUUUCUCAAGCCGUUUAUAUUUUGCGUCCUGUGUCGGGAUCAAUCCAUUCGUCAGCUUGCCGUGAAGAUCGCAAAUAAGCUCUUCAUCAUGAACAAGGAUUUGGUGAGCACUUCUCAGCCCAAAUAUCUCGACGCGACAGAAGAGCUGAGGGAAGACCUAUGGAUUCGAAGUUCGUCAAUCCUUCUCGAGCUAUGUGAACAAGUUGAAAGGGAUACCAGCCUUUACACCAUGACAGAACUUCGGGAAUUUUUAGUCGCAAGGUCGGCACUCCUAAAAGGCAUGCCACAACUUACCUCGCCGGAUUUCCAUUUCACCGGUGUUGUCGCAUUUCAGAAGAGAUUGCGAGGAUUUCUUAGGCAAAUUCGACUGCCAACGCAAGGCAUCGUGGACUCUUGGGAAAAUGCCUUCAACAAAUGGAUUCACCUGUCUAAAGAGGUUUCUCUGGCUACAGCAGACGGUGUAGACGAUAUUAUGCUAUCAGAGUGGCGAAACCUUUCAGGGUUUUUGGCAUCUUUGGGUGGUAUAUGCACUUAUGCAUACGCCAGCAAAUUGGAUGAGGCCAUCGGAGACUUGAAUUGGAUUGAUCGGGUAUGCUCCGAACAUCAUGAAGAGCCUCUACUGUCGAGAUUCCUGGGACUAAGUAUCCAGCUUCUGGGUUGCAAUAACAUCAAAGUGCGUGAGGCCAUGCGGGAGGUCCUAUCAACCGAGGUUUCUUCGAUACUCUUCGCGCCGCUCUUUAAGGCUUUAGAAUCGGAACUAGAGCUUUUGCUAGCCGGGUUUCUCGCGUCUACUGACAAGGGCCGAGAGAAUGAAGUGAUAUUCGCCGAGCAAGCUGCGUCUUUGCUCAAGAUCAUGGUUGAGAAACUUGAAAGUCCGUCUGACUUGGGUUCUGUUUCAUCAGUCCAUCUUGGAGUUCUUACAUUAAGUUUUGCAAAAUUCAUUGAUGGUGCAUCAGAUGGGGUAACAACGCUACGUGUGAAAGUCAAGAUUUGCCAUCUGUGCGAAGCAGUCACAAAACGCAAAGAACACCUGAACUUGCGAGACGACAUUCGCAUUAGAAACCAACUGCUAGAAUACAUAUUCAGUUGGAUAGCUCGGCCGCAUACUCUAAAACAGGAACAGUUGGGCAAUGAGCCCAGACAGGAUGAAUUUCGGCAUGUACAAAAGGAUCUCGACAAGGCUUGCCUCAGAACCCUAGCUGAUCUCACGUUUCGCCUGCCGCUGCAGCCAGCUGAAAGCCAAUCGGAUGUUGGGAUGAACGAACUUAAGUCUCAAAUGUUCCAUACCUACUUCAACCGCUUCUUGUCGCUUCUCAACUACGACACGCAGGACUUAGGCGGACAAGAACUGCUCUUGAUGGGUGGUCGCGAUGAGGGCCUCUCGAAUGCUGAUCUGGUCAUCAGUAUCCUUUCCAAUUUGCUGAGUGCGAACAUCGAUGUUGGCUUGAAGCAUUCUUUAAAUAUUGGCUAUCAUGAGAACGUUGAUAUCCGCGCUGCCUUUGUCCGUGUUCUGUGUAACAUUCUCACACAAGGAACAGAAUUCAGCUCGUUGACUGAUGCAGCUGUCAGUGACAAAUAUGUUGAACUACUCAAUUUACUAACAACCGAUCUGUCACUUUCGGUAUCAAUGAGUGCAAUCUGCCCUGCUUCGGAGGUCGACGAACUUACAAUAUGUCUCCUCACCGUCUUUGAACAGCGCGGACUCACUUUCGAUCUAUUCGAGGCUCUGAUCCGCCAAGAAGUCGAGCAAACAGAAAACGAGGCUGAGAUUCUGCGGAGAACUUGCGUCGCUACAAAAAUGCUGUCUGUAUAUGCGAAAUGGAAGGGCUCAUCAUAUUUAAGAGCGACGCUGCAAAAGGUUCUCGAGCGACUCAUGUUGACAUCGAACGACCUAGAUUUGGAACUGGACCCAGCCAGGGUCAGCACCCCAGAUGAAUUGCAAAAGAACGCUGCGCAACUUCAGAUUGUGGCAAAGAUAUCUGAAUCCGUCCUUUCUCGCUUUCCCAAUGCCAAGUAUACUGCUGUCGGAGCUUUUGUGUUCCUCCGCUUCUUCUGUCCCGCCAUUGUGGCACCCGAAGCUGAAGGCCUCGUGUCAGUGGCACCGACGAAGGAAAUGAGAAGGGGACUGUUACUAAUUGCAAAAAUCAUCCAAAACCUGGCCAAUAACGUCCUUUUCGGAACCAAAGAGCCGUACAUGUUUACUUUAAACCCCUUCCUGGUCCAGAACAUACAUUUGGUUACUGGGUUCUUGCGCGACAUUUCCGUGCCCACGAGACAAGCAGAUGCACCUUGUCCGACAUUUGACUUUUUCGAUUUCGGCUCAUGCGUGUCAUUGCAUCGAUUCUUGUAUGACCAUUGGGAUCAUCUGCGCCAGACACUUGUUUCAAGAGAAAGAAAAGACUAUCUGCGAGCUCCAGGAGAAACUGCGCGGGCAACACCGUCCGUCUUUGAGCCACUUCGGGUUCUCAUCAGCAACCUCGGGCCACCGCCACUUGCAAUAUCCUGGAAUAGGCCCCAAAUAUCCUGCAAUACCCCGCCUCUGUACUCGAGAUUCCAGAACUUCAUGUUACGAAAUGCCUUCAGAAGCGCAGAGUCCUUUUUGACUUCUCGUGCCGUGUAUGAUGGCGGUGAAAACAAGGUUGGUACUUGUGUCCCCAAUUUCCGGGACUUCCUUUGCUCAUUAGCAGUUCAGGACGGUCUUUCGAUCGUGUGCGUUAUACUACGGCAUAUCGAAAACGAAAGCAUUGAGUACGACACACUUCUAUACUGCUAUCUCAAGAUUGCAAGUCGGCUCUGGCACGAGCCUUUCGGGCUUUUCAUUGAUGCAACUUGUUAUAACGGACGGAGCGAGCCUUCGGACGAGUUCUUUUCGAAACUAGAUCUCCUCACACCGUCAGAAUUGUCUCGAAACUUUUCUCGAAUAUACAUAUACAACAUGAACAGCGCUUUCAAGAGAUGUUUCCGGCGACUGCUUCGCAAUUCUACUCGCGAUGAUUCUAGUGUCUUUCACCCUAACAACGUAGAAUACUACUUGAUCGGAAGUUUACAAGAUCUACAAGCCCAUUUCCACCUAAGUCAACUUCAUCUUCCCAAGGAGACUAUCAGCGUGGUUACAGAAACUCGAUUUUUGUUUAAGUCCAUCACAAGAUUAUCAAAAACCAAGGGGAAAGUCGAAGUUGUCAUCAAAGUUGGCAGCCAAUUUCUUCAGAUCACUACCGUGAAGAAACAAGAAGUAUUGUCUGGCACUCGCCUAAGCAGCGUUAUCAAUGACAUUUUCCGCCUAAGCGACAUAGAAGAAGCUUCAACUACACAAGCAGACGAUGACGGUAACUUCGGACUGAGAGCCGAUGGGGGUAAGAUUGUAAUGUUCUUUACCAGCUCCAAAAGGGCAGACGUUCUUCAGACUAUACGCGGGGCCAAGACAAAGCAAAGCAAAGACAACAGAAUGAUAAAGCCAGUUGAAAGACUUGUUCGUCCACAAGACGUCCCUGGGACGAUGCUCAACUUGGCUCUUACCAAUUUGUCAAGCCCCUAUCAUAGUCUUCGGCUGGCCUCAUACAACCUUCUCGGGGCAUUAUGUCGAUCUUUUCAUUUUGGUGUCUCUGGACGCCUGAUUUGUAACGGAGAUCUAGCUGUUCCUCUCGAACCAACACGAUUUAUCGUAAAUAUCAGUCGAGAAAUAGCUCAAGCCGAAUCUCAACUUACGUCAGACUUUCUGACCGAGUUUUUUGUGAGUUGGGAUAGUAUUCCGGAAGAACAAAAGCCCCUGAGCUUGGAAUACGUGGCACCUUGGCUCCCGGGCCUUCGCACGACAGUUCUAGUUGCUGAGACAGACGGGGACAAGGGACGAGACAAAAUUGCAUCCCUUCUACGAAAGCUAAUAGACAUAGCUGUGUUGGACCAAAAUUUGACAUAUUGUCUGGAAAAGUACAUCUGGCCAUGUAUUACACAGGAUGAGCUGCUCCUCGAGAUAUUUAUGGAUGAGCUGAUCAAGGUCGCGCUUGGUUACGGAAACCGCGAAGACACGCUGGAGAUACUUUCUUCGGUCAUGGUUGGACUUGGUACCGUAACCUUGCGGGCAAGAAUCAUUUCUCGCCUUCGCAAGGCUCUAAACCGGUCGUCGCUACGCCCGACUCGUUUACUCCAAGACAAUUCUGUCUGGGAGGAAAUCUGCAUAUUGCUUCAAUUUUGUCUGGGCUUGUCUUUUGACAGUCGAGUACAGUCUCAAAUGUUUCUUCCAGAAAUUUUUCACAUCGUAACAAUGUUAGCUAACACCGGCGGCAGCGAGGUACGAUUGCUUGUUUACAGACUGUUGGUUAACUCGAUCCACGCAAUAUGCGCUUCGUUCAGCAUAGAAGACGCAAAAUUGAUUAGACUGCGAUCAAUUUUGGACCUUCUUAGCGAUACUAGAGGCGACAUUUUCACCCCUCCAACGUCGUCGAAUCUUACUUCUGUAUUGUUCGACGUCUGCUUGAUAGCCGCUCCGUCAGUGGAUAUUGCCAACGUAUGGCGCGCUCGCUGGAUGAGUCUUGUAGCCAGUACCGCCUUUCAAAACAACCCUGCAGUUCAGCCAAGGGCAUUCGCAGUUAUGGGCUAUCUGGCAAGAGAAGAAGUGGACGAUGAUCUACUUUACCAGGUCUUGGUAGCCCUCCGGAAUAGCGUUAGCCAGUUUGGUGAGGAUGGGAAUAGUGAGAUGCUCAUUUCCAUCAUUACAUCCUUGUCCAAGAUGAUGACUAAAUUACCAUCAACUUCAAGAUAUGGGCUUCAAUUAUUCUGGCUGGCCAUGUCACUCGUGCGUCUCGUACCGGCUGCCAUUUUCAGCUGCGCGGCGCAAUUUCUGGAGGCCAUAUUGUUGAACAUCGGUACAUUUGGCAACGUUAGGGGGGAAACGAUGGUUUCUCUCUUGCUUCAAUGUCGAAGCCAGCUAGAAGACGCCGCUUUGCUGUUGGACGAUGCCUAUGGAAUUCGGUUUGAAGAAGACACCUUCCACUUUGCGGUCUGUGCCUGUCUAGUUCGAGGUCUUACGGAUACGACGACCAGACCAGCCGCAAUCAAAGUUCUAUCGUCAUUCUUGGAGAUGACAUGUCGGUCUGAAGACCUUGUCCUAGGCAGCCCGAGCCGUACCGUCAAUGUGUCUCCCUACCUAACCCUUCUACUGGCCCGCGGCAUGCAAGAGGAGGAUUUUUUGGACAGCGCGUGGUGGUCUGACCUCAAACCAGAAGCCGUUUCUGAUAUCCUAGGGAGCCAUGGAGUGCAGGGUAUCAAAAACAUGAAAGAUAAGGACCUGCUCCUGAUUUCAGCUAUAGAGUUUGUCGAUUUUCACUCUCUGGACGAUGCGGCACAAGCACGGACCCUUAACUGGCUCAACUACAUGGCGGAAGCUAGGCCUGCUGUCUUCACGAGCCUAUGCGGCGCAUUACCAUCCAUUUUGGACAAUGUACUGCUGCACAGCCAGGAAUCGGCGGCGUUGGAAGCUGCCCAUGCGUUGCUUCGAACGCUUGCCUCCGAAGAGAAAUAUUCUCAAGCAAUGGGCUCCUUGCAUUCUUUGAGUGGCCAGCUAAGUGAGCUUGGUUUUGGGGGCUUAUGGAAAACACCCAAAUAUAGUAUUACAGAAGAUGCAAAGGAAGAAUGUUUCGAGCUUACGGAAAAGUUGAUUGAGCUUAUCGUUAUAUGA